GUCCAUUUUCCGUCAUGAAUUCAGUAGUCGAUCAUCUAGGGCGGCAUCAAUCUUGUCUGGGCAUUUUGCUCUAGGCAAAUUCUGGGGCCAAUAGGCCUUCAACUAGCGUACUUAAGAGCAGGAUAUAGGGGCUCCGACCGUUUGCGAAUCACAAUACACGUCUAUGACGCAGAGGCCUAGGAGUUCCUUUUACAGGCCAAGAAACCAUAUAUCCAGCUUUGCAUUCGCCUCCCAUGUUCGCUCAACGUCUUUGCCUUGUUCCUAGGAGUUCACUGUCGACUCUACCGGUCGCACAGACAUCGAAACGUAGCUUGUCCAGACUCGCAACCUACCACGAACCUGCAUUCCCUGUGAGAAACAGGUCUAUUGUUUACGCUCCAAGCCAUUCUCGUGUCCCCUUAUCAUCUACAAAUCAACACCGUUCACUUCACGUCUCGCCUCUCCUGUGUGAAGCAAGUCCCAACAUGUCAACAUUACUCACUAUGUUCGCUCCAUAUCCAGCGAAUACCAUGACCGCGUUUCGCUAUUACCCGGGGGAGACCACUGCAGUGCGGGAGACGUUACCAGUCCCUGCUCCCCGUCCCGACGAGGUUGUUAUAAAGAUCCUGGCAGGCGGCGUCUGUCAUAGCGACCUCUCAAUCCUUGACCCAAGUGGUUCUAUUGGCGAAUGGACUCAGCCCUUCACCCUCGGUCAUGAGGGUGCUGGUGUCAUUACCGCACUUGGCUCAGACGUCAGCAAAUUGUUUCCUAAUCUCAAAAAGGACAUGUACGUUGCCGUUUUAGGUACCAACCCAUGCUUCAAGCCUGCCUGCACCCCCUGCUCCACAGGAAAAGAUAACCUCUGCCCGGACUCGGAGGGUGGCUGGUAUGGAAUAGGUCGAGAUGGAUUUUGGGCUGAGUACUCUGCCGUGCGAGGCGACUCUAUCAUUCCCAUUCCCACAACUCCGGAAAAGAUUUCUCCUGCCGUUGCCGCUUUAUGUACCGACGCUGUGUUAACCCCAUACCACGCUCUGAAGACAUGCAUUGGCGUCAAGCCAUCGGACACCGUCAUGAUUCUGGGAUGUGGCGGAUUGGGUAUCAAUGCUAUCCAAAUUGCCAAGGGCGUUCUCGGGGCUAGCUGCGUCAUUGGUUGCGAUGUUCGUGAGGAGAGUUUGAAGAGGGCGAAGCAAGCUGGUGCGGAUUACGUCGUGACCCCAGAUGAUCUUCCUACCUUCCUUGCCGCUCAGCAUCUCAGCCCCGAUGUCGUUGUGGACAUCGUGGGUACUCAACACUCCUUUGAUACGGCGCUCUCAGUCGUCAAGCCCGCGGGUCUCAUUCACAUACUCGGGCUCAUGGCUCCGAGCGUGCAAUUCCCAUUAAUGCGGGUGGUCACAAAGGAUCUGACCGUGAAAGCCAGCUUCUGGGGAUGCAAGCAGGAGUUGAUUGAAGUCUUCGACGCUGCUGCGAAGGGACAGGUCAAGCCCGAAGUCGAGACGAGGCCACUGGAGGAAUGCUUACAAGUGUUGAAGGAGUUCCACGAGGGCAAGGUGAAGGGAAGAAUUGCUCUGGUUCCGUGAUUUCGAGACAUGUAGUAUUCAAUUGAAGAGGAUCCCGCGAACCUCUUGAUGGACGUUUAACUGUACAAUACAGGACUUAGUGUAAUAUUAUCUCUAGCGCUUUUCUGCGUCUCUUUUGCGAUAAGCGCCGCUCAAUGAAUUUGAACCCGGUACUUUUUGCAAUGAGAACACUUUGGGAUUGAAUAUUUUGGAAUUAUUGGACUAGCUUGUCGCUAUCAUCCACACUCUUCUCAGUUCCGAUCGUCACCUCUUAUCUUAACCUUACAGCUAUCAUUAUAUAGGUUGCCUACCGUGUCAGAGGCAUGUCAUGAAAAAGGCACUGGCCGACUAGACAGAUGAUCUAA